AGUCACUGCGGCCGCCGCACCGCAGUGCGCUGCGCUGCGCUCGCUGCGCGGGCCGGGCGCGGGGCCGAGGCGCGGAGCGGCCGCGCUGUGGGCAGUGGAACGCGGCCAGGAGGCAGCGACACCUGCUCCCCGCGGGGAUGCCGCUCCCGGUCCUCUUCCCCCGGUCCUCUUCCCUGUACCCCCACGCUGGCGUCUGCGGUGACAGCAGCAGCAGCGGGUCUUGUCCGCUUGCCUCCUCCCUGGUGGGACUGCAGAGAAAUUCUGUUUCACAACCGGGCACUGAGCCUUCCGCGCUGUGGCACUUGCUGUCUCUUGUCAUUGAGAUGGGCCGGACGAUACAAAAAAUUUAGAAAAUUCAGUUUAGGAGGCGUUUUCUUCUUUAAUUUCCUCUAAGCCACAUUAUGAAUUGCUGUUUUUAGAUACAGUAAUUGCUUUUUAAAGGUUGGAAUUUCCUGAUUACACAAUUCUGAAAACACACAACCAUUCUUUUCCCAGAAACAGAUGCAUUGGAUUACUACUGUUUUGCUGGCUCUGAUGAUUUUUAUUCAUCUGCCUUAUAUUUAUGCUGGUCAUGACUUGGUGUUGCUAAAAGGCAAAGCUGUUUUUGUCUGCUGACACAUGGGUGACUGAGGACUCCUGGAAGAUGGAGAGAUUCCCAGGGUGGUUCUGUUUUCUGUCCAGAAGGGCUCUUGCUGUAACCACCAGCCUUAACAGAGCUGCUGUAGGUCCCCAUCACUGUGGAACAACCCUCUGGCACUUGAAAGGCUUCUUGCAAAGUUGUUUACCCCAGAAAAUAAGCUCAUCUUGCACAUUAUGGUUUUGUUUUUUAUAGUUUCCCCUCUGCUCAACAGUAAGUCAUACAGAGAGGAGAAAAAAGAGAGCAGGUUGGUUUUUUAAGUCAUUGGAUGGGAUUUCUUAAGGUUCUUUUGGAUAGGUUUGGGUUUUUUGUUUGAUGAGGUUUGGGAUUUUUUGUCAGUAGAAAAAUUAACUAAACUUAAGGUUGAGAAGCAUUUAAAUAUUUUUUUUGUUGUGAACCCAUUUUGUCAAGUCCACAGUCAGUGUCCUUGGAGGAAAAAGCUCCAUCCUAAAAUGGUUAAGGUCUGCCAUGCUAAAAUCUUAUAUUUGCAGGCAGAAUUAAGAGCAGUGACAGUUUUAUUGGAUGUAAAACUUGUUACCUGAAUACCUUUAAUAUUUUGGAACUUUGAAUGCCACUUGGGCUUUAAAGACAAACACAAAUCAUGUCCUUCUAGCACAAGUGCGGUCCCUCUCUCCCUGCUGUGUCUGCUUGAUGCCUCCUCAGAACAUCCCCCUCUGCAGUAGCAGAGGUUUUUCAGCAGGAGCUGUGAUUGUAGUGCAGAGCCUGUGUGCAGAAACCUGUCUGAGGACUCUGCUUUGGAGCUGCCUAUGUUAAAAAAAAUUCCUGACCUUACCAUCUCAUUGCUGCCUACGGAUUGCAGCAGCCAUGGAGACCUGAGCCACUGCUGCAGGCACUUGAUUAGGGAAGAAGCAUGACCAAGAUGAACUGCAUCUUGCUGACCACCUGCAUUGUUCUGAUUGCUUUUUGUGGCUCUGGUUCUGCCUUAAGAUGUUACCACUGUGAUAACAGCCCUACCCUGUGCAGGACCAACAGCACCUGCUUAGCAACUGAAGACACUUGCUUGCAGUUAAAAUUUGGUAAAUUGAGAACUUUCUCCUGCUGGAAGACAUCCCAGUGCAAUGUGAAUGAAAUUGCUGAUUCCUUCCUGUUGGAUAAUUUUGAAUUCUUUUGCUGCCAAUAUGACCUGUGCAAUGAGAGUGCAAUUACUGGGGUUAACAAAGCAGCCUUCAGUAUUGCUUCUGUAAUGGCCAUGUUAUGGAUGCUCCUGUAAUAAUCCUGAUUUGUAAGCUGUCCUUUCAGUUACACAAAAGCAUUAACUCUUUUCUAUAUAGCAUAUUUUCAGCUCCAGUCCAUAGGCAGAAAUAUUCCUGUGUAAUUUUGUUUCCCAAGGUUCUGUCUGUUCUGUCUGUUCUGUUCUGUGUGUUGUUACCACUUAGUGGGUGUUUUGUUCUGUCCCCCUGCUCAUGGGGAAGAUCAGCUCUAGGGAAGUCAUGUUACCUUGUGGAGAACCUGGGCAAACUCCAGUGGGUGAUGUGAAGGAGAAGGAACAUUACAGCUUUUCUGCUGGAAACUGUCAUUUUUUUCCUGUCCCAUAAACUGACAUUAUUUUUAGUUGGCAUUUCUGUGGGUUUUGAUUUGUUUUGCUUUGGAUCCUCCUUGUCACAAACCAAGCAGUGCCCUCAACACAAGAAGUGUUGGAUCAUAAGUGUACCUUGCUGCAGUCUUUGUGAUGAAUAUGGAAAUAUUCAGUUUCAAGUCAUGUAAAUACUUUGUUCCCAUCACUGUACCUGUUUUUUUUUUCUGCAAGCCAAUGAUAUAACCUUGUCAAGUGCUGUUAUUUUGGGAAAAAGCAUCGACAUUUCUUAAGCCAAAACCAAAAUAUUGCUGUAAGUGAGAAACACUUCUCUUUUUUUUUUUUUAAUAUAUAUAUUUCUGUAAGCAUGUAGACAACAUGUGAUAGCUUCUUUUUGGAUUUUCCUAAAAUGCUUAGGAUUUUAAGUGAGCAUGUGCUUUGCACUGAGUAUUUAUUGGUAUACUGAAAAUCAAUUAUAAAAUGCUAAGGAGUUGAAAUGGCACAUGUAGUUUAUUUCCUCACCUAGUUUGCUUCUGGGUUUUGUUGAAAACAGUGACAUGUAAACUUAACCCUUCAAGCUUCCACCUAAGAGUAUUAAAAUCUUGCAGAACUAAUUUUCCAUAAAUGGCAAUGCACAGUAUAGGUGUGUAUUUAUAUAGCAUGAAUAAUACCUGCUCCAUCUCUAGGUGUGAGAGGUCAAAUUCUGAAAUACUUACAUUGCUCUGCUCCGUGGUGGAGACAGACCUUGGGACAAUCUCUGGUACCUGGGGACCCUCUCAGUCAGGUAGGAUGCCAGAUCCUCCUUUUUCUUCUUCUGGAGCUGCUGGCAUAUCCUUGCCAGAGUUGUGUCCAUUGCCAAUGGGGUAUCCUCUUCCUGAGGACCCUCACUUGUGCUCGUGACACCAGUGACACCAGUUCGCCAGUCACAACAAGGGUGUUGUUCCAAAUCCCUGAUGUAAUCCACAAUGUACCUUUUGGUUGAGUUUAUUGUAGCUAUGAAAGUGUCCUGGGAUCUUUCCCAUCACUCUAAAUACAGAAGUUGUCCUGUCUUUGAUAAAUAAAAAUGUCAAAAAAGAAGAA